GUUGCACUGCGGGUGAGACCGGAGGCAGCAUCUGCUCUCCUCUCCUCUCCUGAGCCUCCGGCUGCGGCUGCGGCUACGAGCGCGUCCAUGGCGUCCCUCUCCCCUUCCCUCCACCUCCCUUGCAAUUCAAGGACUGGCUUUGUUGCAAAGACACAAGGGAUUCGUCUUCGUGUUAUCCCUGCUGGCAGAGUUGGUUUUGUCAGAAAAACAGUGGAGUGCAAGGAAUCUAGAAUAGGAAAGAAACCGAUUGAAGUGCCAUCAAAUGUGACCCUUACAUUGGAGGAGCAGUUUGUUAAAGCAAAGGGUCCAUUAGGGGAGUUAUCACUAAACUACCCAGCUGAAGUAAAAGUGGUGAAAGAAGAAUCUGGUAAGCUGAGAGUUUCCAAGACUGUGGAGACCAAAAGGGCAAACCAGAUGCAUGGCCUUUUCAGAACCCUGACGGACAACAUCAUCGUAGGGGUGUCAAAGGGGUUUGAUAAGAAGCUUCAACUAGUCGGGGUCGGGUAUCGUGCAGCGGUGGAGGGUAAAGAUCUUGUAAUGAACCUGGGGUUUUCGCACCCUGUUCGGAUGGCUGUUCCUGAAGGCCUGAAAGUUAAGGUGGAGGAGAACACCAGGAUCAUUGUGAGUGGCUAUGACAAGAGUGAGAUCGGACAAUUCGCUGCUUCCAUAAAGAAGUGGAGGCCACCUGAGCCAUACAAGGGGAAGGGUAUCCGGUACGCUGAUGAGUUCGUCAGAAGAAAGGAAGGCAAGGCUGGGAAGAAGAAGUAGAAACCUGAGUGCCUGAGUCUUUGUUACAUGUACUUUGUUUCAUACUUCAUUUCACCUUUUUCCUAUGUAACCCCUCACAUAUUUUGUGAAGAAGAAACCAGACUAGUGGGGGCAAAAACAUGUUGUUUCACUCUUUCACGACUUGUAGAGAUGAUACCUGUUUUCAUCAAC